GCUAUAGACUAUCUCUACAAUGUUUCGUGUGUGGAAGAGUGGACCCUGAAGAAUCCAGACGGGGCUCCAUGUCGGGCUUUUCCUCUCUCCAUCCAUGUGAAGCGCUGUUUCAGACGUUCAGUGAUGCCUCUGCAGCCCACAGACGGAGCGAUACAGGAAGAUACUACAGUGUAUGGGACCUUACCAUCCAAGUGACGUCCUAUAUGAUAAAUCCAGACUUGUUACAUUCUUGAGGGAAAGAAGCAAUUUCAGCGAAAUUCAGAGGAUUACUCUCGAGGCGAUUCUCGGACAGCCUGUGUUGACAAGGUGGAGAAAUGUGCACGCACGGAGGACGAGGAGUCUGGAAUUAAGCACAGGAGAGAAAAGAUGCCGAAGAUGAAACAAUAAAGAAGGUUUAGGGAACACAAAAGCCGCACAAUCCUUUUGAGAAUUCGCCCUUCAGUGUUUGACCUUAAAGAACUAGUGUUGGGGCCUGUGCAGACUAACCGCGGCAGCAGUUGGAUGUGCACGUCGACCCGGCCACGAUGACUAUGAAAGGCCUGUCCACCAGCCGUAGUCACCCUCACGCGGUGACCUGCGACCCCUCUUACGACUCCAUGACCCUGGGGCGCUCGGACCGUCGGUCCUUCUUCCUCAACCCUGGGGAGGCUCAUCCUGCUGACCACCCCUGCUACACCCAGCGCAACUCCUUCCAUUCUGAGUGCGGUGCCUACCCUGACCUGGCCAGCUGCACCUUCCCUCGCAGACAUUACAGCUCUCACCAUGAGCUGAAGGAGGAGUGUGGGGCUUUGGUGCCUUAUACUGGGCAAACGGGGAGUAGUAAGGGAAGUGGAGGAGGUGGAGGAAACAACAACCGCAUUCCUUCUAAUCUGCUAGAGCAGUUUGAGCACCAGGCACCGGUGCAGCGUGAAGGCUACCACACACUGCAGUACAAGCGCACUGCAGUAGAACACCAGCGUAGUGACAGCCCUGGUCGAAUCCGCCACCUUGUUCACUCUGUCCAGAAGCUUUUCACCAAGUCUCACUCCCUUGAAGGUCCCUCUGGGUCUGGUGGAGGAGGAGGAGGGAGUGGGAGGAUGAAUGGCAGCAAAUCUAGUCCUGAUGACCCACCCUCCUCUUCUGGCACCCUGAAGCACAGUAAGCGCAGUAAGAGCAAAGACCGCUCCAAGUCGGAGCCUAAGAUGCGCACUGCCAUCUCAGGCUACUGGAGCUCAGAUGACACGCUCGACCGGGAGAUGUGCCUCUACCACCAUCACCACGGGGGCAGCAGUGGAGGCCUACCUUCAGGGGUCAUGACCAUGGGACGCCAUCCGGACAAAUCCCAGUCGCAGUACUUCAUGGAGUCCUACAACACCAUCAGCGCCCACUCUCUCAAGACGUCACGCAGCAACAACGAUGUCAAGUGUUCGACGUGCGCUGGGGGCAGCAGUGGAGGUAUGCCACUGGUGGGCACAUUGGACGGCCAAGUGCAGCUGAAGAAGAGCUCGUGGUCUUCUACUCUGACGGUGAGCAGAGCAAGAGAGGUCUACCAAAAGGCUUCAGUCAACCUAGAUAAAGCUCUAGUGAAAGCUGAGCAGGGGCGCACCUGCCACUUCCUACAGGUGCCUCAGGACGAUUGGAGCGGUUUCUCUCCGCUUGGGAAGGAUGACGAGAUCCCGUGCCGGCGGAUGCGCAGUGGAAGCUACAUCAGGGCCAUGGCAGAAGAAGAUAGCGGAGACUCCGACUCCAGCCCCAAACCCUCGCCCAAGGUCCAGGCAAGACGAGCUAGCUACCUGAAGGCCACACAGCCAUCCCUCACAGAGAUGACCACACUCAAGAUUUCCACAGAGCAUUCGCCCAAGCUGCAGAUCCGGAGUCACAGCUACCUGCGGGCGGUGAGUGAGGUUUCCAUCAAUAGGAGUCUGGACAGCUUGGACCCGGCAGGGCUGCUGGCCUCGCCUAAAUUCCGCUCGCGAAAUGAGAGCUACAUGAGAGCCAUGAGCACCAUCAGCCAGGUGAGCGAGGUGGAGGUGAACGGGCAGAUCGAGGCAGUGUGUGAGUCAGUGUUCAGUGAAAUGGAGUCGCAGGCCGUGGAUGCCCUGGACCUGCCCAUGCCUGGCUGCUUCCGCAUGCGGAGCCACAGCUACGUGCGUGCCAUAGAGAAAGGCUGCUCGCAGGAAGAGGAGGGAGGCGUCACGGUGGUCAUCAGGAGGACCAACUCGCCCCCGCGCACCACCACCACUGUCAGAACCAUCCAGAGCAGCACAGUGUCAUCAUGCAUCACCACCUACAAGAAGACACCUCCCCCAGUCCCACCACGGACCACCCCGUCCAAACCCUUCAUAUCCAUCACGGCGCAGAGCAGCACCGAGUCCGCUCAGGACGCCUACAUGGACGGGGGCUCCGGCCCCAGGAAGGGCAUCAGCUCCCAGCCAGGCCUGUCCAACUCUACGGAGAGCAUCGACAGCAUGAAGGCCCUGACAGCUGCCAUAGAGGCAGCUAACGCUCAGGUGCACGGCCCCGCCAGCCAGCACGUCACAAACAGUACCAUCACCAUCACUGCCACCGCCACCACCUCUGCCGUCGCGCACGUCUCAGCAGACAGCAAGGCGCAGAGGGAAGCGCUCCGCAAGUGCCUCUCCAUAGGGAUCCAGGUGGACCCAGAGGAAGAAGGGCCGACGGAGGAGCAGUCUAAAUUCCAGUCGAUAGGAAUUCAGGUGGAGGAUGAGCGAUGUUACCGCAGGAUGACCCGCUCCAACAGUGUAACCACGGCGGUGCAGGCUGACCUCGACGACCCCACAGAAGCGCCAGACCUGCAGCCGCGCCAUUGUGCCACAAUGCCUCGCCAGCACUCCCGCGAUGCUGCCUCUUCUACCGUCAGCAUCCAGGGCUCGGGAAACCACUACCACGCUUGUGCCGCUGACGACUACGGGGAGGUGGGCUUCGACCCUUCAAUCCUGCCCCCUCCAGACCCUUGGAUGGACAGCGUGGUCGAGCCGGAAGGAGAGGCUCUGGAGGCCGUCGGGCGAUCGGUGUGUCCCCGUGACGGCCGCUGGUUCCUCAAGUUGCUGCAGGCCGAGAUGGAGCGUAUGGAGGGCUGGUGUCGACAGAUGGAGCAGGAUGAGAUGGAGAAUGAGCUUCCUGAUGAGAUCCUGGGGAAGAUCCGCAGUGCAGUGGGGAGUGCCCAGCUGCUGAUGUCCCAGAAGUUCCAGCAGUUCCGGGAGCUAUGUGAGGAGAAUCUGAACCCAAAUGCACAUCCACGGCCCAUGUCCCAGGACCUGGCAGGUUUCUGGGACAUGCUCCAGCUGUCAAUCGAGAACAUUAGCCUGAAGUUUGAUGAACUCCACCAACUCAAAGCCAACAACUGGAAACCUCUGACACCACCAGAAAUUCAGGAGAGAAGGAUACCCCCUCCCGUGCCAAAGAAGCCCCUGAAGGGCCACCACCCUUCCCUGGCUAGGGACCGCUCGCUGGAGAGCUCCGAGCGCCAGCGUCUGGAGGCUCGCAAACGCCUGCUUGCUGCCAAACGUGCCGCGUCGGUUCGGCAGAGCUCUGCUACCGAGAGCGCAGACAGUAUCGAGAUCUAUAUCCCAGAGGCUCAAACCAGACUAUGAGACAAACAAAUGUCAUGUACUCACACACAUGCCCUAAACACUGUCCCAUACACACUAUAGCACCGAAUGGUAAGGCUAGGGUGCUAACAUAACAUACUCACUUUUUUUGCGGACUUCCCAGAUCACUGUGGGGUCAGUCACAAUGGAAGAAGAAAUGUACAUUUACAGUAUUAAUUUAUUAAUUUAUUGAUCUAUCAUCCCCCCUCGUCCCUCAUUUCCUUCUCCCAGCUUUGAUGUAGCAGUCCCUCCUCUUCCUGAACCUCCACCCACCCCUCACUGACAGAAGAAGUACCUUGCAAUCCCUUUUUUAAGUGGCCUAAUACUACAAAGAAAGCCAGGUGUGAUGCUUCACGUUAUUAUGUUUUAUGUUAUUGUGUUUAUUAUUCUGAGAAUCAGAGGAAAACAGGAAAGGAGCAUGCAUGUUCAUGUGGAGUGUGUGUGUGUGUAUACACACAAUGAUGAGGUCAAAUGUCAAAUGGAGAGACCACACCUAUUGACUCAUGUUCAAUUUUAUUUUUAUAUUUGUAAUAAAUACCACAAACUGAUUCUAAUCAUACCAUGAGCUGGGAAGAUUUCGAAUUGUAUAAUGAGGUCAAACAUUAGAAAAUAAUGGUGAAAAGGAAACUAUAGUGUCGGUUAGCGAAACAAUUCUCCCUCUGUCUGAAAACGGGUCUUUCCAGCAGCAAAAGGUCGACCCCCGUAAGGUCAAGAGGUCAGACUUUGAUCCUCAAGGUGAGGCAAAGUGGUUCUUGAGUCAGGAGCAGAUUUUGAGCUUCUGCAAAGAGUGACAUUGACUGAAAGAAGCACUGUUGUGAUGAAAAAUGCCACAAACCUAAUCUGUCUGUGUGUGUGUGUGUCCGUCUGUGUGUGUGGGUGUGGGAGUGUGAUUCAGACGUUCAUUUCAAAAGUGCUUCCUAUUUUCUGGGUCAGAAUGGUCCUAGAUAUAAUUGAAGAUUAAGGUAGCAGUAUCAACUAACAGUAAACAACCCACCCAUCUUGUCUCAUUCUAAACUGAGUGAAACAUGUCUGUAUAAAGAACAUGCAGACUAAUGACAUGCAUGCUGACACAAGGUAACUGAUAUUGUUUUUGUCUUUUUUAAAUCAUAUCUCAUAUUGCAUUCAUAGUCUUCUGUGUUACAGACGAUGCUAAAAUACUGAUAUUUGGUACAAUACAGGUAGUUAUACUAUAUUUUAUUAUGUCAUUUUAGACGAGAGGUUUAUCGACAGUAUUGAGACUAAAGGACUGAAAAGGGACUAUUUUCUCUUCACUGUGUGUGUGCACUAUCUCUGCCUCAAAAUGAAGCAAUUAUGUGAAGGUCAUACAAAAGAUAUCCAACUUGUAAUAUUUUGUAUUCAUGUUUAAUUUAUUGUCUAGGAAAACAAUGACAUUGACAUUGUGAUUAUUAUUAUUAUUAUUAUGCACUGACAACAAGGCCCUUAUACUGUUUUGUUUUAUUUAUGUUGAUUCUUUAGCAUGACAGGCACCUUUUUGUCUUUUUUGUUUCAGUGAUCAGCCUUAAUUUCUAAUAUGAUAGUUGAGCACAACAGCAGUCUCAGGGGAAGAUGAGUGUGUGUGUGUGUGUGUGUGUCU